UGCCACUAUCGGUGAAAGUGAAACUCCCUACAUAGCGAAGUGUUUGCCAUGAAAGGUCAAACGAACAACAGAAAAUUAACAACAAUCGUUUUGCUGGUAUUAAAAAUUGGCAACUAAUUAAUUACUGAAUUAAAUCGCAGUGUGUAUUAUUGAUAACAGGUUAAACAAUUCUUACUGUGUUGUUUUUGAGUGGGAAGUCAAGAUUAAUUGAGGAUUCUGAUUUUCUAGCAUUAAAAAUGAGUGCUCCUCCGCCUCCUCCUUGCGACUGGCAAACCACCCGAAAAUUGGUAAAGGAAAGAGGGCAGUACCUUCUUGAAACAGGAAUGUGGAGUGAUUGCAGAUUUAUUGUGGGAACAGACCCAAAUCAGCAAGUUCUCGAAGGACACAAGCUUUUUUUAGCUAUGUCUAGUCCAGUUUUUGAAGCAAUGUUUUUUGGAGGAAUGGCUGAGAAAGACCCCAUUGCUAUUCUUGAUGUUCAACCUGACGCAUUUAAAGCUUUAUUAGAGUACAUAUACACUGAUAAAAUCAAUUUAACUUCUUUUGACCAAGCUUGUGAACUAUGCUAUGGCGCAAAGAAGUACAUGUUACCCCAUUUAGUUGAAGAGUGUACAAAAUAUUUGUGGUCAGAUUUGUACCCAAAAAACGCGUGUCGCGCCUACGAAUUUGCGAAAUUGUUUGAAGAGCCUAUUUUAAUGGAAAAAUGCAUGCUUAUAAUCUGCAAUCAAACUCAAGAAGUUCUUUCAGAGAGCAGUUUUGAUGAUGUGGAACUUAGCACCAUCCUCACAGUCUUUGACCAAGACGAACUAAACAUCAGUUCUGAAUUGGAACUGUUUUCUGCCAUUUCUCGUUACGCUGCAAGACACAAUCAAAGUUCAGGUGCGAAAGUACCUAGACUAGAUGGUAUAGGAAACCCAUCUAGUGAGGGUGGUAAUGGCAAUCAUCCUACAGUUAGGGACGCCAUUAUGAAGAUUAGAUUCCUCACAUUGACACCACAACAGUUUGCGGAAGUUCCAGCGAGUUGUAAUCUCUUAACAGAAUCGGAAAAAUUCGCGAUUCUCAUGAAUAUUUGCUCACCAAGCGCUACCACGCCUAUGCCCCCAGGGUUCUCUACUUCUAGAGUCGCCAGGAGGAGGAAACAGAGCAUCAGGAACGAGUCUAUUUUUAUGGGUGGAGCUUCUUCGAUGGAUACAUCUCGGACUUCGAUGAUUAAAUUCAGUUUAUCAGCCAACGAGGGCGGCAAUGAAUCCCCAAAAAAGCUCUAUUGUUGUCGUCAAUUAUUGCGAAUAACAGAAUGUAUGAAUACAAGCGUUCUCGAUUGCGCAGUUACAUUUACUUGUGACCGAAAUGUUUGUGUGUAUGGAAUUCAGGUGCCCACACAAAUACCGGUAGAGGACGACCGACAGCAAUCAUACUCGUAUCCAGAAUUGCUCUACGCCCAUUUGCUUGAUGCUGACGGUAGCCGUUUGACAUAUACACACUUUACUACUAGGGUAGCUUUCAGAUCUCUUAUUGAAAUUUCAUUCAACAGACCAGUGUACAUACAACGAAAUAAGGUGUAUAAAGUUGGAGUGGUUUUGAAUAAAAUUGGGCGAUAUCCUAUUGGCGCAUAUCCAAGUCAGUCCACUUGCAAUGGAGUCGUUUUUACUUUUAGCCAAGGACAAAGUGGCGAUUCUGUCAGAGAUGGAUUAGUGCGUUCAAUAAUUUUCUCAAUACCGUCGUCGAAUCACAACAGUAUUAACAACCCCGGAAUAUCUGGUAUACCCGGUGAUCAUAACAAAAUGUCUAACAUCAUAUAAAUACCCCAUGACAGCUCGUUUCUGAAUGUAUUUAUUUGUGUAUUAAAUGUAUGUUUAUUUUUAAAAUGAAAUAAAUGGUGAUUCAGUUGUAACAAAUUUAUCUUGAUUAAAGGGCGAUUUUAACAA